AUGGGUAUUUCAGGGGAUGUGCCUUUAGUUGACAGUGCUUUUGGAAAAGUCCAAGAAGGGAGUUUACUGUCCUAUCAACUUCCAGCAUGGAGCCCACCAAAGACCUGUCCACAUAGCACUGCACCACCACGACCAUACUUACCUCUGGAUGGCUACUGUCUAGGUCCCUCAGAGUGCUGUUUUGUGUUGACUCACCAUCAGCAGAUGCACAUGACUUCUCUAGCAACAACAGAAGUCAUGGCACACGAAACUGAGAUGGGCACAAGACAACAAAGCACAAUGAGGGAAUGGCAUUUAUUGAGAAAGCCACGUCUAACCUCCUCUAGAUUCAGAGAAGUUUGCCAUGUGAGAGGGCAGUCCUCAGCGGCGAGUCUAGCGGUGAGAAUUUUGAAGUCAGGCUAUCAGUCUGCAGAAAUGAAGCGGGGCCUUCAGAUGGAGCCCAAAGCUAUUGAGGAAUACUGCUGCAUUCAGGAGGUAAAUCACUACCCUUGUGGUUUUAUCAUCCACCCCGAUGCACCUUGGCUUGGCUCAUCACCAGAUGGGUUGGUGUACGACCCUAAAGCUGAUCCUGUGUUUGGACUGGUAGAAGUGAAGUGCCCAAAUUUGAGAAGCUAUGUGGACUGUGCCUACCUUAGGGUCUCUGGUGGAGUGCUACAGCUCAAACAGUCUCACACUUACUACUGGCAGGUGCAGGGCCAACUGUUCAUUUCCGGGAUGAAGUGGUGUGAUUUUGUUGUGUUUACUGAAGACGACAUGUUCAUACAAAGAAUAUACAGAGAUGAGGGAGUCAUUAAAACAAUGAAGCAAAAGGUUGAUUACUUUUACUUUUACUUUUAUCUUCCAACACUUUUGGCUUGAAACGUUUCAAGCCAUUCAAUCAGUUUCCAUCAAUUUGUACAUAUUUUUUGCCCCAUGCUUUAUUUUGAAUUGUUUCCACAAAUGUACAGGAUCUGUUGUUAACUGAUUAAAUUAUGUAUUUUAAUAAACAUGUUAUU